AUGAUUGCUGCUGCUUUGUUUUUCAAUAAACUGCCGGAAUCUCCGGCGCCAUUACAGCUUCGACAUAGCGUCUCGUCCCUCGAUGAGUCGAGCGGUGGCUCUUCGCCAAAUGCAGAGGAUGAGACGGCGGUGGAGCCGGAACAAGGCAAUGUCCUGACUCAUAUAAUUUCGCAAUUGCGGCCCGGUGCGGACCUUGGCAGAGUCACGCUUCCUACCUUCAUACUGGAGCCUCGAUCGAUGCUCGAACGGAUCACGAAUUUCAUGGCCCACCCCGAAACGCUCCUUCCAAUGCCCGAAAUAGAUGACCCUGUCCAACGAUUCGUGUCCGUGGUUAGAUUCUACCUCAGUGGAUGGCACAUAAAACCUCCGGGUGUUAAAAAGCCAUUGAAUCCGAUCCUAGGAGAAACUUUUACUUGCUAUUGGGAUUACGAGGAUGGCACCCGGAGCUACUACAUUUCCGAGCAGACUUCCCACCAUCCCCCCAAGUCGAGUUACUUUUUCAUGGCCCCUGAACAUCAUAUACGAAUCGACGGUACUUUGAAGCCGCGGAGUAAAUUUUUGGGGAAUUCCGCUGCAAGUAUGAUGGAAGGGAUAGCGAUAUUAUCCUUCCUGAAUAGGGGUGAACCUGGGAAAGGUGAAAGAUACAUCGUGACCCAACCGAAUAUGUAUGCUCGAGGUAUUCUGUGGGGCAAAAUGAAAACCGGUGAGAUACUUUAUGAACUAUCCGGGCUUUGGAACGGCGAGAUGUUCAUAAAAAGGGUUGCUAGUGGACAAAAGGAGCUUCUUUUCAAUGCGACAAAUGCGAAACACACGCCUCCUCUUGUCAGACCAUUAGAAGAGCAGGAGCCACAUGAAUCGCAAAGACUUUGGAAUAGCACAGUCCAAGCGUUAAUUGCUAGGAACCAUGACCUUGCUACGGAAGAGAAAACUAAGAUUGAAGAGAUGCAGCGGGUUGAGGCAUCAAAGAGGCUAGAAGAUGGAGUCGAAUGGCGGCCCAAACUUUUCCGCACAGUUCAAGGCAGACCGCAGGGACCUGGGGAAGGCGAAGAGGAUCUUGAGUGGAUUCUGAAUGCGAAAAUAAACCCAUAUAACCCGACUGUAGCCGAACAACAGAUCCUAUCUGUUGCAGCAAUUCUCCCAGGUCAAAAGCCUCACUGUCAAUUUGAAAUACCACCCCAUUCGUCAUCGCGAUCACAUAAGUCAGAAAAAGCCUCCUCAUCAGGCCAACUAGCAAAAAUGACUGCAGAAACACACGCCACCCAACAGAAUAAUACUAGCAACCUCAUAGACUUUGACGAAGGUAAUAACAACGGGCAGUCCGAUGAGAACAAGAUCUUGAAAUCAGCAGGACCAUCAGUGGGCUCCAUGGAUAUCUUGGGCGGAGACGGCCAAGAUGACACUCAUGCCCAAGCUUCCCCGUCCUCAAACUAUCAUCCCCCAAACAUGGCAAAUAUCAUGACACCACUGCAGCCCACAAGCAGCCCGGCACAAACCCGAUCGCUGCACAGUCGCAAUUCCGCCGCCUCAGAUAAUGGCGACUUCGUUGGAGCGCAAAGUUAA